UUGACGAGCAUUUCUUUCGAUUAGUGCACGAUCGGACGUGUAGGCAGACGGUUGAUUUUUGAGAGCGGCAUUUUGCUCAUUGCGCGAGAAACAAUCAGAUGAACUAUACAAACAAUAUAGAAACGACCAUUGUGGGUACAAUAAGAAAAAAUAAAAAGGAAAUUCCACCUCAAUUUAUUUCAGCAAAAGGAAGGCCGCAACCACAUACAAUGACUGCAUUUGCCGAAAAUAAGGUUCUUGUCUCUUACGUCCCAGUGAAAAAAACGAAAAAAGUUGUACUUAUGCUAUCAUCACUUCAUGCCGAUGGCCAAGCUAAUGAUGAAACAUCUGAGAACAAACUCGAAGUAAUAACCUUUUACAACCAGACGAAAGGGGGUGUAGACACUGUUGAUCAAAUGAAAGGCACAUAUUCAGUUUCCAGGAUAACCUGCAGGUGGCCAAUGCGCCUCUUUUUCACGCUUAUUGACAUUACUGGCAUAAACGCACAAAUUAUUUACAAAUCAAAUACAGGCAAUUUAACCCAGAGGAGGACGUUUCUAAAGGAAAUUGUACUGGAGCUAAUAAAGCCACAUAUUUCUAAUCGGCAUGCCAUAAAAACUUUACCUCGUGAUUUAAGAAAUACUAUGGAUCGCAUUGUACCAGCAAAAGAACCUGAAAGCCAACACCUACAACCUGGCUUUUGCGAGCUUUGCCCCAGCAGUAAAAAGAGACGUUCGAAAAAAGGCUGCACUUUAUGUGGAAAAUUACUUUGCACGGAACACGUUAAGUAUAUGUGCCCAUCUUGCUUCGAAAGCAACGUAAAUGUCAAUCUUACCGAAGACUGAUUUUUGUCUUUUAUUUAUUUAUUUUGUUACAAAGAGUUUUUUUUGUUAAUAUACUAAAG